UGCGCGGAGCACAGCGUGGCCUCUUCCAGCCGGAGCUCGGGAGCAGCGGCGGCAGCUGGUGGCCACCUCAGGGAAAUAAAACCAUUGCAGCAGUAGCAAAAUGGCUCAAAGUCCAACCAAAACCUGGCCUUUUCCUGUGAGUAAAUACGCGGCCAGUUUGGUUUUCCGUCCCAAGUGAUUCCCGGCUCAAUAACGUUUCUCCUCCAGGGAACCCACUGGAACUCCACUGGCUGUGCCGCCUCCUAGCGCGUCCCCCGCGCACGCCGCAGGCCGGUGCUUGGAAAGCGCGAUGUCCCCGGGAGGGAAGAUCUCCUACCUGGAAUGGAUGGUUCCAGACCAGCGGGAACGCGCUCUAAUCCUUGAUGGAAGCAAACGUGGGAGGAAAGCACAACGUCUAGGACUUCCCUCUAGUGUCAGAACAGGAAGAAGAACCUGAGAAGUCGCGGGGGAAGGCAGGCCAGGAGCAGGCGUCCGGCCCGUUCCCACAGCCCGGGAGAAAUUAGCGUUGCGCCCCGCCCCUCCCCGACGCCGGUCCCCACCACACACACCAGCGCCCCUCGCCAGUCUUUCUCAAAUUUCCUCUCACAUCUAUCAACAACCUCUUGGUGCAGAAAUCUGCACUGCACAAGUUAGGAGCCUGCAAGGGCGGGCGGUGUUACAGUCUCGCUCUUUCCAUCUUCCCUCUUUACUCUACAUAGUUUCAAAGUCCACAUGGCCCUAGUUUUGACAACAGUUUCCAACAGUUUCAACGUUAUGUAUUUCAACUUCCCGUCUCAGUUCACUGGCGUCUGCACCCUUUGCCGAGUGUGGGUGGCGGAGCCCUGGGUGACAGCACUCGGGACCACGCACCCAUACCCUUCUUUAUGCUCGUUAUCAGCCAAUUGCCAAGAGCAGUGGAACAGACACAAGUGGGGGCUGUUUGGAGCGGGAGUGAAGAGCCUGCAAGGCCCGGGAGAGCGCGGAUUCCGGAGUAGGGAGGCAAGGGGGCAGCGUGGGAGACCAGAGGGAAAAUGGGCGGAAAAGCCAAGCAAAAAAACAACGUAGAUUGGGCUUUGCUCCGGCUUUACAAAGGCAGAGAUGGUCGAGCCCUCUGAGUGACUUUGUGCCUUCUUUAUCCCGUCCUUUGUGAAAUAAGCCGUUUUCUGCCCCCCUGCGGGAGCCUAGGCUGUGGGCGACUCGCUAGCACUGCCCUGGGCCUCCAAGCUCCCUGCUCGCUGAGCCCAGCGCCGACACUCACAGGAGCUGCGUUCGCCGGAUCCUCUGAGAGGCUCUGCAACGAUCCCGAUCCAAUUCAGCAGCGUUUUAAAAGGUAGCCGAGUGGAGAUGCUUUUUCUUGUCUUUUUCAUUAUUUCAUUCUCUGUCUUUUAAAAUUUUAACAAUAACCUGUCGUUUCCGCGUGGAGGGUCUAAGAAUCUUCACUGGGUUUAAUUUAGGAAUUUAAAAUUGGGUUUCUCAAAAUUUGAAUGUGGUCCCCUUAAUUGGUAAUCAAGAUCGCGGAGUCUUCCAAAAUAGCCCUUUUCAUCUUAUGUAAUUAAAGAUCCACGAGCUUUCCAAAGAAGCUCUGGAUUUUCCACGGUACAAUCUAUAUAUUUUUUUCUCUCUCUCCCUCUCUCUCUCUCUCUCUCUGCCUCUCUCGUGAGUGUGUGUGCGCGCCCCUGUGCGUGCGUUUUCUUUCAUUUCUGGCAUUAGGAAACUCGUUCAGGGCCACUGAAAAGUCGGGGGAGGCUCAGAUGUUAUUUCCCACGGAUUCCUGUUUUUCCGGAAACGUUGUCACCAAAUAAGUAUGAGACUGUUAAUUUGGAGAAACAAUUAGCCCCUAUAAAAAAAAAAAAAAAAAAAAAAAAAGAACCGGAGGGGAGAAGGCUAGGGUGGAAGAGACAAGGAAGCUGCUGCUUGGAUUCGCUGGUGGAGGAAAGUGCGACCUGGACCUGGGCUUGGGGGCUCCCGUCCCCUUACUUCAGCACCAGAGGGGAUGGACAGCGUCUCCGGACUAGGCUGCAGCCACAGGGACGGAACUACGCUGCCGCCGCCGCUGUCCUUGCCGCCACUGUCGUCGCCACGGGCAGCUGGGCUACUUGCUCCUCGCAGCUAAAAGGUGGUGCCUCCUAUACCCCCUCGCCUCCUGGCCCCCUUCCUUAAUGGAUGAAAAGUACCCCUCCCUCUACACCUGCUGUACCUAAGGACAGGACUCUGAGGAGUACUCUUUCUCCACAGAUUAAACUCUCAGCAGCAACUUCAAGAAUCAUUUUCUAUAGGGGCCUGGGAGGAAUUCUGGAGGAGAGUAAAGUCGAAGUUCUUAGAAGCUCUGAGAAAUCAUGGGCUGUGCGGUAGGGGUCGAAAUGCUCAAAGGCCCACAAUUCUUGAAAUAAACAGAAUGGUCUUGAGUGGAUUGCAACUGUUUUGGAAAUAGCUUUGUGAAAAGAGGGUGGAGAGCUACUCAAAAUUCUACAUUAGAGAGACUGAAAGGACAUCUAAUUUCAUUGCUCGGCAGCUUUUGGUCUCUAUAACCCUGAACCCUCUUGGCACUCCUGCAGACACACAAAGCCUGGAAGAGCAAGGGGCUAAAGCUUUAGGAACCAACACCAACUGCUCGAGAUGAAGCUUUUUGUCCUUUAAAUCCAGCCUAAUCAUGGGGAAGCAUUGAACUGACCAAAAUUGAGACCGUCCAUAAAUCACCUGGCCUAUACUGAUCACAACUAUCAAGGUCAUAGAAAACAAAACACCUGAACAAAAUGCCAUUGAUUGGAAGCGACCAAGAAAACAUGAUGACUAAAUGCAAUGUGGUGUGUUGGAUGAAAUCUUGUAGUGAAAGAAGACAUUAGUGGAAAAAAGGGCCAUCUGAAGAAAGAUUUAAUAUAAUUCAAGCCUGCUCUCCAGAAUGUUGAGAUUGCCCGAGAAGUGACCCCAGCAAAAGAAAAAUAUUGCUCUACCUAAAUUCAAACGACAUCCUUUGUGGUGCCAUAGCACAUGGAUUUCAGAACCGCCUGUGAGGAGACAAAGACAGGAAUUUGUUUGCUGCAGGAUGGUAACCAGGAGCCUUUCAAAGUCCGGCUGCACCUAGCCAAAGACAUUUUGAUGAUCCAGGAACAGGAUGUAAUAUGUGUGUCUGGUGAGCCUUUCUAUUCUGGUGAAAGAACGGUGACCAUCAGAAGACAAACAGUAGGAGGAUUUGGAUUAAGCAUAAAGGGAGGAGCAGAACAUAACAUUCCAGUUGUCGUUUCAAAAAUCUCCAAAGAACAAAGAGCGGAACUUUCAGGACUACUCUUUAUUGGAGAUGCAAUUCUACAGAUAAAUGGCAUUAAUGUGAGAAAAUGUAGACAUGAAGAAGUGGUUCAGGUUCUGAGGAAUGCUGGAGAAGAAGUGACUCUAACAGUUUCAUUUUUAAAAAGAGCACCUGCUUUCCUCAAACUCCCAUUGAAUGAAGAUUGUGCAUGUGCUCCAAGUGACCAGAGCAGUGGCACCUCCUCUCCUCUCUGUGACAGUGGCUUACAUCUCAACUACCACCCCAACAAUACAGACACAUUAUCGUGCUCGUCGUGGCCGACAUCUCCAGGUUUGAGGUGGGAGAAGCGAUGGUGCGACCUCAGACUGAUCCCUCUACUUCAUUCGCGCUUCUCUCAGUAUGUGCCCGGCACAGAUUUGAGUCGGCAGAAUGCCUUUCAAGUCAUUGCUGUGGAUGGGGUCUGCAGUGGGAUUAUUCAGUGCCUCUCUGCUGAAGACUGCUUUGACUGGCUACAAGCAAUAGCAACUAACAUUUCAAAUCUCACAAAGCACAAUAUUAAAAAAAUCAACAGAAACUUUCCUGUAAACCAGCAGAUUGUCUACAUGGGCUGGUGUGAAGCCCGGGAGCAAGACCCCCUCCAGGACAGAGCGUACUCCCCGACCUUCCUGGCCCUGAGGGGCUCAUGUCUCUACAAGUUUCUGGCACCUCCAGUGACCACCUGGGACUGGACGAGAGCAGAGAAAACAUUCUCAGUUUAUGAGAUUAUGUGCAAGAUCCUCAAGGACAGUGACCUGCUGGACCGACGGAAACACUGCUUCACCGUGCAGUCUGAGUCUGGGGAGGACCUGUACUUCUCAGUGGAGCUGGAAAGUGACCUCGCCCAGUGGGAAAGAGCCUUCCAGACAGCAACCUUUCUAGAAGUAGAACGGAUACAGUGCAAGACCUAUGCAUGUGUGCUAGAAAGUCAUCUAAUGGGACUCACAAUUGACUUCAGCACAGGAUUUAUCUGCUUUGAUGCUGCAACAAAGGCUGUCCUUUGGAGGUAUAAAUUCUCUCAGCUUAAAGGUUCUUCAGAUGAUGGCAAGAGCAAAAUCAAAUUUUUGUUUCAGAAUCCAGAUACUAAACAGAUUGAAGCAAAGGAGUUGGAAUUUUCUAAUUUAUUUGCUGUUCUUCACUGCAUUCAUUCCUUCUUUGCUGCCAAGGUAGCUUGUUUGGACCCUCUAUUUUUAGGCAAUCAAGCUACUGCUUCUGCUGCUGCCAGCUCUGCUACUACGAGCAAAGCAAAGUAUACAACUUGAUGUACUGAACUCUGCAUUGACACACACCAUGACUGUAUAAGCAGAACACAUUUACUCAUCAUUUUAGACCCUAGAGAAACCAUAACAUCACCAAGUCGACAGUGGAGGCAAAUCAAAAUUUCGGCAGAAAAAAGAGGGUCAUGUGGAACCUCAGAAACACUUCUAUUCUGGAUGACAUCUGUGAAACAUACUACAUGAACAGAACAGCUUGUUCUCACUCAGUUGCUUUGUACCAGUAAGUAGAUUGCUUUCAACAAAAGUGGAGACAAAAGAAUGAAUUAUUUGAAGAAGUAUGUAAAUAAUAUAAAAAUAGUACGCUACCUAUAAAUAAAAAUACUUAUUAAAUGAUUACUUCUGUAUUUUAGAUUAUUUUGUAUGACUAGUACAUGUUGGGCAGAGUCAUAGGAAAACGAAUGCCCUAUCAUUGUAUUAUGAGGGACAUAAAAGAUAUAAACCAUAAAUCAGCAAGGAGCAUGCCAAAAAAUCUCAUCAAAGAAGGAUGCACUUUAAUUUGCUGAUGUAAAUUUGCCCUUGUGUUUUCAUCCCAUGAUUUGACACUGGCACUCCAAUUGUUUUUAUCUUAUUGUAAAUAUUCCAAAGAACUUCCAAAGGAUAAUUACAUUGACCCAUGAUAGAUACAAUGUGAAAUGGACUAUUCUCCCUUGGAUUACUGUUAUUGAAAUGUCUUAUUAGCUACCAAAGUCAAUCAAGUAUGCCAACAAUGUAUUAAUUUAAUUGUGAGUGAUGGAAAAUUUCAUGAAUCUCUCAUUUCUUCCUUAGUUUUAAAGAGAUUUAUAUUUUACCUAAUAAGAUUUAUUAUCAAAUUAAAGUUUCAUAAAUUUUCAGUGAACCCAAAACCUUUUGUAGACAAAAUAAUAUAAACAAAUAUGAUAUGAGAAACAAUUCUUUGUAAUCCGAAGUCUACUAGUUAAUCAUGAACUAAAAUGUCCCUCGAAAACAGACCCUAAGCUAUUAUAUAUGUUAAUUAAAUGAAAUUUUUCCAUUUUAGUACUAUUUUAUGAGAAACAAAGGUGAUAUUUAAAGAGAAAAUUAAAAAUCUUUAUCCUCCCUUGUCACGGAAAGUGAUUAAGUAAUGCCAACUAUGCAGGUUAUUUUAGAUAUUUUGUCAUAAGAAUGUAAAUGUGAAAGGCUGGGAAAUUUGAAAGCCUUAGAGGUGUGCAAUUUACUCAGAUUCCAGGUAUUAUACAACUAGUUGUAUAACAUGGAACACAUUCUCUAUCCUUUAGUACAGCUUUUUUGAGAUAUAAAAGUCAGCUGUGUAUGUAAAAAACAAAAAAAGCUUUUUUAUUGAUACACAUGCUCCCAGGUAAACCAAGUAUUAUGUGUGUCCUUGUGGAGAUAACCAAGUAUCUAAUAAAUUGAUUCAAUUUUCUUUUUUUUCAAAUAUGUUUUUAAAAAUCACUCAAGAAGGAAACAAAAUGAUUUCUACAAAGGACAGAUCUAUUAAUUUAAAAAAUUAAUAUCAACUUGUUUUUAUACUCAUGAUUCAUUAAUUUAUUUUGCAUCAGAUUAAUUUGUAAAUACCUCAAAUUGAAAAGAAAAAGUGUGGGUUUAUAAUUGUCCCUAGGAAAAUGUUAAACUGAAUCUAACGUACCUUACCCAAAGAACUGUGGCAAAUUACAAUAAACAGUUUCAGUGUAAUGUAUUUUGACCAUGAAACUAAGUACACAUUUGUAAUUAGGACAGAACUUUAGAAUUAUUGCACACUAUGUUGAUCAAACACAACAGUCAUUGUAAAAUUGAAACCCAACAAAAGCAGCCUUCAGUAGUAGGCCACUUCUGAACUUAUGGAGAAAAAGCAGUGGGAUAUAUCGAACUUAGAAUUUUCAGCUGUGGCAGGUGGUUCAUUACAGAACUUCUGCUUCCAAACAGAGCUGAAUCUCAGUGUGCCCCAUAUUGGGGUUACAUGAAUGUGUCCACAAUCUGGAAGGCAAUAUGACAUGGGCUAAUUAUCCAUAAGCAAAAGAAAAGAGUUUCAAUAGUUUACCUACCUGUAAUAGAAUGAUUUAAAAAUCGUGAAAUUUUGUAAAUGUUCCAUUUUAAAAUUUAAAAAACCUAUUAACUAUUGGCUAUCUUUUUUGUGAUAUUAUGAAAAUUUAGCCUAUGCUCAUGUGUGUUAUGAGGGAAAAGGUGCACAGUGAGAUAUGUAUAAAUAUAUAUCACCUCAGAGAAUACACACACCUACAUAUGUAUAUAUAUGUGUAUAUAUAUAAAAAUAUAAUGAAAUGCUGACCAUUAAUUAUAUUAAAAUAAUAUGUUUGUGUACAUACAUUUAAUAUACUUUAAAUUACGUUGUAAAAUGUAACUUGAUUAAAAACUUAUGACAAUACCAUUAUGAUUAUUUUUGAUACUAUUGAUAAAAAACAUAAGCCGUGAACUUUAACAUGAUUAGUACAACGGCCAAAAAGUAACAAAAUACUAUUCUCAUUUUCAUCAGUUUAACAAUUAGUAUUUAAUGUUUUCUUUACAAUGUGAUGAUUAGUCAUUGGCAUUCGUUAUAACUUGGACUACUUGAAUGAGAAAGCUUAGAAAUGAACAAAAACACUUAAUAAAUUUCUAUCUCUCAUAUAAUUUAGGUUUACAUGUAAGAGAUUUAUUCAUAAAAUCCUAGUUUGUACAUUGAGCACAUUUUAACAGCAAAACGCUAAUGUGUUAACCCCUCCAGUGCCUUGGUAUGUGUGAGCGUGUAUGUGUGUUUGAGUGUGUGUCCGUGUGUGUGUGUGUGUGUGUGUAUGUGUUAUCAUUAAAGGGUUCAUUACAGUGUACAUAACACAAGCUUGAUGGGGAAUAUUGUAGGUAUUUAGGUCAGAGAAUGAAGUUCAAAGUCAUUUGAAAACUGCUAACUACUAUAAUAAUGUCUUUUGCCUGAUAAAGAAUAACAAUUCAUCUAAGCCGAAGUAUAUUACAGAAAGGGCAUUUAUAAUUUCUUAUCUUGCAACAAGUAUUUAUUUAAAAAAUAGUUUAAUAGAUAGUGUAAGUGUAAUGUAUAUCCGAACACUUAUCCAGCUUUUUUAAAAUGGGAGGAUAAUCAGGUAAUUAUUUCUUGCCCAUAUUUCAGGCAUGUACCAACUUAUAAUUUUGAAAUCUUUGCUCAUAAAGCUGUCAUUCAGCAAGAGAAACAAAGCAAUUACUUGAAAAUAAAUGUCAAGUCCUUAUUAGCCAUGCAAGUAGAGAAAUUUUCCUUUGGGUGCAUUAGUUUAUAGAUCAACAUUUCCCUCAUUUACAGUGCUGAAGCUUGAUCAUGAACUUUGUCUAUGUUGAAUGCUGGAUUUAAGAAAAGCUUGAUUUAUUACUGAGAAAAAUUAAUAAUCCUAACAAUAAUUUAGAAUUACUGCUAGAAACCAGCAGUGUGGAGAAGCUUUAAAAGCACAAGGAUGAUCUUGUGCUUAACUUUUUAAGGUAAGUGUAGAUGUUCGGAUACUAAUAACAAAGAUUUUGCUACUAUUAAUACUGCUGUGCUCAUAAUUUCUCCUUAAGAAAUUGCUUUAUUCAUACCUCUAAAGUUGUUCUUUAUUGUUUAUUCUUACUACCGAAUACUUUAAAAUCAUAAUGCCACUUAUUUGCACAUUUGAAUUUGCUUUUGAAAAUAAAAUAUUAUAAAUGUUAUAUAUUUUAUACAUAUUAAAAUGCAAUGAAAAGACCAGAAAUAUAAAAUGUAAAUAUAUUUAUUUCAUUUUUAAUUGUUUUGGUGGAUGUUUGUAAAAUGUAAAUUAAUAUCUGUGACAAAAAUUUGUCACUUCGUUCUUUCAGUUCAUUAAUGUACUACUAAUGAAACCUUAGUUUUUUAAAUGAAGCAUACUGGAAAAUAAAAACAAAUACUUUUUACUA